AUGUCUUUUUUACGGUUUGCCCUAUCAUUUCAGUCUAGGAAGGAGAUACCCUUGGGAGAUUUGCUAGAAUUAUUCUACGGUGACUGGGGCACUAAAUUUUAUAAAGAGGGGACUCUAAUAUUCGUCUUCGGUAGGAGCUUAUCGAUGGACGGGGUGAAGGGCAUCUUAUAUAGAAAGUCUCGGUUGUUGCUCUUCGGGUAA